AUGGAUGCUCAUUUCGAGCGCCGUCUUCUCCUUUCCAUGAACGGUCAAAGCUCCUUGCAAUCGUCCUCGCCAUUCAAAAGUCCAAUUCAAUCGCCUGUGAAAGUCAGUGAUCGGUUCAUUCCAUUUCGAUCAUCAGUUGCAACCUCAAACUUGCACUAUCAAAUUACAACACCAUCCUCACCAAGUCAACAAUGUCCAUCGGUAUCACCCUCAAUAACGACCUCACCAAAUAAAAAACGCAAAUAUGAACAAAAUCAAAUUGGUCUAGGAUCAGGUGUCACUGCCAAUGAGCCCGAUUUAGCUAUCUACCGACAGCUGCUGCAGAAUACCUUGUUAAAUACGAAUGUCGAUUCUAUUUUAAAAAUAUCGGAUGUGCAAAAUACUAAUCAAGAGAAUUGCAAAACAGUAACACCGAAGAAAUGCUCAAUUAACAAGGAAAACUCAUCCGUUUUAUCAUCAUCAUCGACAACACCUAUAUUUCGGUAUUCUGAACGUGUAGAAAAUUGCUUUUCCAGCACAACAUUGAUCAAUAAGCAUCAUUUUACACAUUCUCCUUUGUCCAAUGCUUCUGUACACUUGCUUUACUCACCAAAGAAAUCAGUUCGUCGCAUACCAAAAGUUCCGUACAAAGUCUUGGAUGCUCCUGAUUUACAGGAUGAUUUCUAUUUAAAUCUAAUCGAUUGGUCGUCAUCGAAUGUGCUUAGUGUUGGUCUUGGCGCUUGCGUUUAUCUAUGCAACGCUCAAACUUUGUUUGAAAAUUUCAGCAGCCGUGUUGGUACAUUAGCUUGGAACGACUGGACAUUAUGUUCGGGUUCUCGGGAUCGUUCAAUAAUUGAGCACGAAAUUCGUCAACAAUCAACGACAAAUAUAUUCCAUGGACAUACACAAGAAGUCUGCGGUCUCAAAUGGUCACCUGACAAAUCAAUCUUAGCAAGUGGUGGAAAUGACAAUCGACUUUUCCUUUGGUCAAAAAGUCAACCGUCUCAACCAUUACAUUCAUUUGACGACCAUUUAGCUGCUGUCAAAGCAAUCGCAUGGUCACCUCAUCAACAUGGUCUAUUAGCAUCCGGCGGUGGCACAGCUGAUCGUCAUAUCCGUUUUCGUUCAUCGUUAACAUGUCAAACUUUAAGUGUAUGUGAUACAGGCUCUCAAGUAUGUCAAUUAGUGUGGUCAAAAAAUUCACCCAAUGAACUUGCUUCCACUCAUGGCUAUUCACAAAAUCAAAUUGUUGUUUGGAAGUAUCCGUCCAUGCAACCAUUAGCAAAGUUAUUAGGCCAUCAACAACGUGUUCUUUAUCUAGCCAUGAGUCCGGAUGGUGAAUCAAUCGUAACAGGUGCUGGCGAUGAAACCCUUCGGUUUUGGAAUGUAUUCGCUAAAGCCAAAUGUGUUCGUAAUCCUGAUUCGAAAUUGAAUGGAUUAAACCGAAUGCGUUAA